AUGCCUGCUCCGCAGCCUCUAACGCCGGCUCUAACGCCUGCUCUGCCUACUCUGAUGCCAGAUCUGACGUCUCGUCCGGUCCCUCUGACGCCGGCUGUGACGUCCGCUCCGCAGCCUCUGACGUCUGCUCUGCCCACUCUGACGCCGGCUAUGACGUCUCGUCCGGUCCCUCUGACGCCGGCUCUGCCUACACUGACGCCGGCUAUGACGUCUGGUCCGGUCCCUCUGACGCCGGCUGUGACGCCGGCUCUGACGCCGGCUAUGACGUCUCGUCCGGUCCCUCUGACGCCGGCUCUUACGCCGGCUCUGAUGACGCCUUCUCCGGUUACUCUGACGCCUGCUCUGACGCCUGCUCUGAAGUCUGCUCCGGUCCCUCUGACGCCGGCUCCGACGUCUACUCUGGUUACGCUGACGCCGGCUCUAACGCCUGCUCCGUCGUCGCCACUGUUAAGUCAACUCGCGUCCAUAUGCCCUCCCAACCAUCAGAGCAACGAUUUAACGCGAGUGGAGUGUGGUUACGAUUUCGAACCGAAUGUUGCAAGCGGUCUUAACACCAUCGACUGUAUCUACGAUUCAAACGGUGUCCUAGAUAUAAACGAGAGUCCAGAUGCCAGCAGCUGCCUAGGCACUACACCGGUUCCCAACUCGUGUCCGGCCUUCGGAUCGAUCGUCUUUCCACCAAUGACGUCUGCCACGAACGUGCCAAUGCUGAUCACUCAAUGUGUCUACACACCAAUAAGUCGUUGCGUUUACUACGGCGACGUUUCGAGCGGCAGCCUGCCCAGUGACGGCUCCGACAACUGUCAUGGGAGCAUACCUCUCGUUGGCCCACUGCUAGUCAACGUCAACCUAACAGCCUGCGCGGGGGCUUCGGGCCCCGGCAACGAGUGCGCGGCCAUCACGACGGGCCCCAGUAGAAAUGGUUCGUCCGACUGCUUUUGCGGUCCUCAUCUCACGGCGGGGGGCAGCCUUGCACCCCCGGCCGUCUGCCAGGGCAUAUUGAGGGCCGGGGUGCCGUGCUCCGCAUGCACCCGGGGCUGCAACCGGGACGCCGAUUGCCGCCCCGGGUACAACGGCGCGGCGGGCUGCGGCGGAGCCCCGGCCCCGGUGACCAUCAGAGUGCAGGGCUUCGCCGGAAUCUGCCUGCCCAACUGCGGCACCACGACUCUCCCGGGAAGUUGUUAG